UCAAUUUCUAAUUCAAAAUUUCUACUUCCAUAUCCCAUUUUUAGUGUAAGUCUCAUUAUUUCUGCACUAAUUGUUCUAUUUUGUUUGAAUUUGUGAUUUUUCGUAAUUAAUCUACAAAAUAUGGGGCUAUCAAGUCUUGCAGCCCCAUCUGAAAGUGUACUGCGCUUGUUUUUGGUGAACACUGCAUUAUCAAUCUCCAUAUUCAAGGGGAUCCUGCAUGCGAUUCUUCGUAUUGUCGGAAUUCGUUUAUCAUUCUUAUCGUCUUCAACACCAUCAUCAGACUAUACAGAAGACCUUUCUGAUCCAAUUGAAUAUCGUUCCCCUCAAUCGGAAACGUACAUUAAUGAGUUCCGAAGCAGGACUCCAACGACAAGAUUUGAUUCCGUGUCUAACUCUAAACAGCUUGAACAUCACGACUGCUCGGUUUGCUUGACUCAAUUCGAGCCAGAAUCUGAGAUAAACUGCUUGUCUUGCGGCCAUCUUUUUCAUAAGGUGUGUUUGGAGAAAUGGUUGAAUUACUGGAACGUUACGUGUCCUCUUUGCAGGUCGUCCGUGAUGCCUUCUGAAGACGACAUGUUUUCGUGCUACUAGUAAGCAUAUAACCAAAUGCCUGCUAUGUUCAUGUUCAUAUACAUUUUGUAGUGUAUAGGUACUUGAGUUUGAUAGUAUCAGCCAAAUUUUCGUGUUGUAUACUUGUAUUUUGUCCGAGAUUAAGCAUAAUAAUAUGUUCAUGGUACUCGAGAGACCAGAAAUCCUGUCAUACAUAAUCGCGAAGUUCGUGAUGUUUUACGGACUACGUGUCUUUUCAACUUCAGUCUUCGAAUUACAAUGUGAUUUGAUUUUGUCAUCUUUUAGUAUUACGCUGUAAUUUAAUA